AUGUCAACCCGAUACGUACCAGCUAUUCCUGGUCCUCUCCUCAUAGUGAAUGACGUGGCAGACCUACGAAAUUAUGCCGGGACGCCGAAUCCAAACCUCUAUAAGCUUCAGGUGCCGCUUAAAGCAGGCAUGCAAAUGUUGAGCAAUUUGAAAGAAGAACAACGACUAUAUGGCACCUACGGACGUGGUUCGAUGAUGGCCUCUCAUUCUGUUAGGUCGGAGAGAUUGCCAUCAAACAGACGACGCACAUCCCGCAACCAUUCUGACAGCGGAACCGACUCAUCAGAUGUGGACAACAAUGGAAUGAAUAGUGAUUCCGAGCAGCAGCAACAGUCAUCUCAUGGUACUCCCAGAAAUAAUAGCCACACUCGUCGCAUUCGCAAACCACAUUCAUUUCGCAAUUGGAGAAGCAUGAGGACUUCUAUGGCAGACGAUGACGAUGAUACCACAUCAACAACAUCCUCAUCUGAUGGUGAAUCAGAUUCAUCAAGACGUAAAUCUCGUAGUAUGCUUCAUAUAACAAGCAGCACUGCAAUGCAUAGAGACUCUACUUCAUCGAGUGGAACCACAUCUCCUAUGGACUCGUCGGGCCAAGGACGACCACCACUUGUACCUCCUCGCAAAUUCUCUAGACAGGAUCCAGGUACCCCAAUACGAUCCACUGCACAGAGAUUUCGAGAUCCCGAUACUCCAGGUGGUUUUCUCGUCACUCAAUUACGAAGAUCCUCACUAUCUGGCGAUGUACCCAUGAGCGCAUCCGAUACAUCAUCAUCAGCAUCAGGACGACAAUCAAUGAAUAGAAUAGCUAGUUUAUUACGUGAUGAGACUGCGCCUUUUGAAAAGGAGAUUGCUCAUGAACGGGUGACUACGUCGUUGUUUAAGCAGAUACCGCCGCUCAAGUUUGAUAAUGAUGCUGAAGAUGGUGGGAUGGUUGGUGUUGUACCUACUUUUACUAGUGGUACCACGUCGGAUGGUCCCAAUGCUAGUAUGAUGAUGAAUAGUACGAAUAAUAGUAUGAAGAGCAUAGGCAGUAUCGUUCCUUCAAUUGUAUCUAGUACAGCACCAGAUUCACCGGAAUCGGUUGCUAGUGCUGGAAAUGGAACGCUCAUGUCAUUGGAUGACUUUCCGGAAUUGGCCAUUCCACAUGCUGUUCGUGUAUCACCCAUCCCCAAUUCGCAAUUACGAUCACCAGCUGCAUAUAUAUCAAACUCUUCUCGACUCAAUCCAGAGAAUCAAUUUAUAUCAUCCAAGCACCAAGAUAUGAUAACUUCAUCGCCUGCUAUGUCACCUGUGAAUCUUGUAAUUGGACACAUGUCUCCGAUAAAUCUGGAGAGACGUGGGAAACGGAAGAUGUCUAUGGAUGACCGAUUUGAGCCCUACAAGCGACACCAUCGUAUGCCAUCCUCACCAUCAGGAAACAACUCAUCGACAAGAUCACUGAGUCCAGGAGCGCCAAUGCUCCCAUCUCCAACACUAUCACAACAACUAUUCCCACCAUUACGAUCCAGAUCUCCUUCGAUAUCCAUGAUGAUGGGUGUAAAUAGCAAUCCAAGUAGCAAUAACAGUAGUAAUGGCAAUCUCCCAAUGGCAUCGUCUGGACAAGCGCCGCAGCAACAGCAGCAACAACAACCACAACCACCAGUAAUGAAUGCUAUGGGAAUAAUGAUCCAAGGAGCUCCAGCAUCGCUCAUCACAUCACCACCAUUACCAGUAUCAACACUAUUAAGUCAUCACAACCAUCAUCCGUAUGGUAUGGGACCCCCUUCAAUGCCUGUACCGAUACCCUUUCCAGCCACGUUUUCGUCAAUGGUGGAUAUGCAACAACAGCAGCAGCAACAGCAGUUUGUCGUAGGAUCGCCCAGAAUGUAUUCGCAAUCUCCCUUGGCGGGUAGCGUGACAUCAAAUGGUAUGAUGAUGGUGAACCCACCAGCAUCGCCUAGACCUACACCGCCAUUUGGUCAAAUGCUCAACCUAAGCGGUGCACAGGUUGAAUUCAAUAAGAUGUCGAUAUCGUCGUCGGAUCUGUUGCUAGGUCGAGGUGAUCAGUAG